UCUCGCACACGCUCGUCCGCAGAGCACCGGCCGCCCCUCUGACCGCCGGCCAACAAGAAGCCCUAGCUGCCUGCCCAGCCGAGCCGACGACCAGCACGCAUAGAAGGUCCCGUCGCUCAGCCGCCAGCCAGAGGGUCCCCACGCACGCCAGCAAGCCAGCCAGCAAGCCAGCCAGCCAGAUUGACACGGAGCUAGAGACGGAGCGAACCAGCAUGCAGAGUCGGAAUGAAGAAGCGGUGUGACUCGCCUCGGAGCCAGCGACGUCAGCAGCAGCAAAACGGAGCCGAAAUCUCCAUCAGUGAAAAGAUGUCCUAAAAUGAUGUUCGACCCGCCGCGCAAGUGGGACGUCUUUUUGCGCGCGGCAAUAGUUUUAUUUGUGGCGUGGCAAGUGAGCGGCUCUCCCACCUCUGCUGAAAUAUUUCAAGAGGGGAAGUCGGACAAAGAAAUUUUGGACCAGCUUCUUAUUCCAAAGCGGUAUGACAAACGACUGCUACCUCCAGUACCAGGUACACUCACGGUCAACAUGAGUGUGCUUCUACUCAGCCUCGCCUCUCCAGACGAGUCCAGUUUGAAAUACGAAGUAGAGUUUCUGCUACAACAACAAUGGUACGAUCCGAGGCUUCGGUACUCAAACGCAAGUCGUUACGAGUUUCUGAACGCCAUCCACCACCACGGCGAAGUGUGGUUGCCAGACACGUACUUCAUAAUGCAUGGUGAUUUCAAGGACCCGCUGAUCCCCGUUCACUUUGCUCUACGCAUCUUCCGCAACGGCACCGUCAAUUAUCUCAUGAGGAGGCAUCUCAUUUUAUCCUGCCAAGGCAGCCUGAGCAUCUUCCCCUUUGACGAUCCUCUCUGCUCCUUCGCCAUGGAGAGCAUUUCGUAUGAGCAGACGGCCGUUGAGUAUGUGUGGAAGAACGACGAGGGCACCUUACGUAAAUCACCCAGUCUCAAGACGCUCAACGCUUACCUGAUUAAGAACGCCACACAGGCCUGCAACACGAAGUCUAGUUGGCGAGGCAACUACAGCUGUUUGCGAGUCGAACUGAUUUUCACGCGGGACCGAGCAUUCUACUUCACGACGGUCUUCAUUCCGGGCAUCAUCCUGGUUACCAGCUCGUUCAUCACGUUCUGGCUGGAGUGGAACGCGGUGCCAGCGCGCGUCAUGAUAGGCGUGACGACCAUGUUGAACUUUUUCACGACGUCGAACGGUUUCCGGUCCACCCUGCCGGUCGUGUCCAACCUGACGGCCAUGAACGUGUGGGAUGGUGUGUGCAUGUGCUUCAUCUACGCCAGUCUACUCGAGUUUGUGUGCGUCAACUACGUGGGGCGCAAGAGGCCGCAGCACAACGUCGUCUACAGGCCGGGCGAGAACCCCGUCGCGCAGAGACUUCCCGCCGUUCUCAACAGAAUUGGCAUUAUUUUGGCCAGCCCGUUGGUAAGGCAGGGCACCGAGGCCAACAAGAAGGGCGGCGCUGGGGGCGUUGAGCUCUCGUCACCCAUGGGCCAUGGCAGUACAGUCACCACGGCAGGCCCAAACGACAUCGUGGCGUGCACCAACUGCGGCGGAGGAACUGACCCUUGCACUCAUCCGGCCAAUAACGGAUGCCAUGGCAGCAUCACUGAGGUGCGCAAAAAGGAGCCAUCACACCCAAUACGUGUUGCGAAAACAAUUGACGUGAUUUCAAGAGUAGUAUUUCCAGUAGCCUUCUUCAUGUUUCUGAUUUUCUUCUUCAUCCACUACAAGGCUUUCUCGUAGCGUGGGUUCGAAGCCAUCCUCGCUACCGCCGGCUCGUGAAAAUCAAGCACGGAAUAGAUCGAAUGUUAAAGGAUGCAAACAAAACAAAGACAAAAACGAUGUACAGUGUGCGUACACGAACACUUCGGUUGCAGUGCAGCUGUACUUAUUAAGAAAUCACCGGCGAAGAUUUUAUUCAAGUUUAGAGGAAGUCACUCAGUUUAAUAUUCUAUAUGUAUACCCAUUUAUGAAUGACGAAUUGAAGAGUAAUAAUUAUAAAGCAAAAUAUGUUGUUGUGUUGUUUCGUUGAUUAAUUGUUCGAGCUAGUCUUUUUUACAUUCGGACUGUGAUAAUGACUUCUUAAAAGCAAAAGACAAGUUAUGACAGAUAGAUUGUUAAUCACUCUCAGUGAAGCAAUUCGUUGAUUAUUUUGUAUGCGCGAUUUGUUAACUUGAUAUUAAUUGGGAGAUUACAAGCUGGCUUGUGUUAUAUUUAAACGUUCGUUUGGGUCCUCUAGUUUCCAUUGAUCCUAAAAAGGUGUUUAAAAAAUUCUACCACAAAUCAUACGCGCUGCUGUCAGCAAACAAUAUCGAACGACAGAGAAUCUUUCAAGUAUUAAAGGAGAACGUGCGUAAUUAAAUGAAGACGAUUAUCGAUUUAAGUAAUGCUAUAAUGAAAUGUUAAAAUGUGAAUCCACUAUAUUAUUCUAAGCCAUUUUGCACUUAUGCACCACGUACCUUACUAAGUGAAUUGUUGUCUGUAAGAAUAUUUUGCACAGAUAUAUAUGACGAGAUGUGAUGGAUCAGAGGAUAAAUGUGCUUCAUGUUGUAACAAAAUUUUAUAAAAAACUGCCUGCUUUCGAUGUGACAUUUCCUGUCAGCAGACCAACCAAACUCUGCCUUAUUUUACGCCGCUCGCUUUCUAUAACGCCUACAUCAAGCUUUUCUCUGAACGAAACAGCCGUUUCAACUUCAUCGAACAACAUUCCGGCUCUAUUCCAGACUAUUAAUUUCGUUGCGCAGCGUAGACAAUUUCCUCGGAAAUCGCCCGAGUUUUAUCGUUUUCAGAAAGAGUGCGCUAUAUGCUCGUGUGAGGAAAAAUGAAGUAUGCAAGAGGCCUUUUCACUUUCACACACACACAUUAUAAAAAUUAUAUCCAAUUUGUAGUUGUACAUAUUAUAUUCGAGCAAAAGAUGAAUUGAUGAAAACACUGUUAUUCAAAUGGAGCACAUUGAUUGCACCGUGUUUAAAAUUAAAGUGAUAAUUGCGGGUAACAAAGUUUUAAUUUAACAUGUAGCAGAGAUGAGAGCAGAAAUGUUCCCUUCUGUGGAUUCCCUUGACGAUACGCGAAAUAUGGUUGAUUCAAACACUCACGUAAAAUGGAUUUAACGCACGAAAAAGAGACACACACCAGUGUUUGGAGGCGAGACUCGUCGUCGACGGAGUUAUAUUCUCUAUAGAAUUACGAGAGCACCUUUCUCGAUUCCUAACUCGCUUAUUAUUACCUCCUACAUGCACAAUCGCCUCCUCUCUCGAUUGUAAAACUACAUACUAUUCGUACGGUUAGCGUCACGUUUUUCUAUUCAAUAUUAAUUUUUAUCGACACGUGUGUUACAUCAUAUUUAAGAGUUGAAUCGAGACGCAAUAAUGAAAACGUGUAAAUAGUUGACAAAUUGUUGUUGAUCAAUAAAGACAAAUUUACUGUCCGUGUGCCCGAUAAAACGCCUGCCAAGCCGCUUAUACUUUCCAAAGAAGGCUUUUUGAUCCAAAUUCACUUCACAUUUUCUGAAUUCAAAGCGAAAGGUGGUAAAAAUGUGGAAGAAAAUAUCUGGUUUCCAACACAACGAACGGAUAUUUUUCUACUUGGUGCUCGAAUCCGAUGAUGUGUAUCCAUCAGAUAAUUAUUGUUAUCGCGAAUUUAGAAAGCCUUCUGAUUCUCAUCCGACACAAUCCCACUGCCCUCUGCAGUUACGGAAUAAUAAUGUAUCGAUAUAGUUACUUAAUAUGAAUCUCCUCCUCUCACGAUUGUUACAAAAACACACACACUCAUCUGCAUGUUUUUACUGGAAAAUUGAAAAAAAAACGCGAUUCUAAAAGUAAAUCGAAGGACCAUAAUUUUGUACUGAAAUGAAGGAAGGAAACAGAGUGUCAGAAUUGAAGUAUCAAAAUCAUAAAGAAGCAGUACCGGCUUGAGCGCAGUUUAAGAGCUUUCUCAUUCGGUAAUCAAUUGUUCCAAGUGUAGAAAAAGCGUCGAAUUAAUCGCUAAAACAGAGGCCGUAGAUCGUGCAACGCGCUUGAGCUUGAUAUCGAAUGCCGAAAAAUGUUUUGCUGCUGUAAACAAUCAUAAUUUUUAUUGAACCUUUAUUACCGUGCGACAAAAUAAUAAUGUAACUCAAGAAUAAAGUCGUUCUAUUGUUGUAAACAUUUAUCAUAUCACACACACGGCUAUUUGGAUAAAUUAUUAACUACUAAAAGCGUAAAGAUAAUUAUGUAGCUCCGGCUGGGCUAAGCCGAGUGUAGUUUUAUAAUUAAAAAAGGAACUUUGUGCUAAGAAUGCUGGUAAAAAAUGCUUUCAACACUCGUAGCUGAAAUCAACUUCUUACUCUAACCCAUUGAAUUUGACAACUCGUACUUUUAGACCGACACACUUAACACACACUGUUAUAGAACGUUUCCCAAUAAUUUCGUCUCAAUUUUGAUGUCAAACGCAUAACUUGUACGUCUUCAGAAUAGUGAUCUGCGAUUUUUAUAAGUAAAACUGUCCGAUUAUUUGUUACGUAAAAAGUUUUUCAACUUUUGGUUGAGUCUCUUGUCUUGGUCGUUAUAAUUUCAGUGUAAAGGCAUCAACUGUAAAUAUACAACUAUUGCAAGCUGUACAUAUUUUGUGUAUAUUUUCUCAAACAUGAUUUUCAAUAAAAGACACCACACAAGUUAAUCAUUAAAACAAAUAAA